AUGGACAACGCAGGACGCCGGAACGCACCUCCAAAACAGGAGAUUAUUGCUUUCGUGUUCGAUAGAGUAUGCUAUGAAUUGGAGAGACUUGCUGAAUGGGGUGAACGUCCACUUUCCGAUUUGUGCAACUGCGGCGAGGAUCAUAUCCAUAGUUGUGAUGAUGAGAAGAAACGAGUUGUACUGCUCGGAUUGCAGCUGUUAGCAUUGAUGAACAGGUUAUCAUUACCCAUGCACAACGAUGAUGAAGAGGAUGAUAUCGUAGACUUAUGUACAGCAGCCAAUAAUGUUAAGAUUGAUGUGAAGCGUUUGGUGAAAGCGUGCCGUGAACUUAAGAUUCCUCUGCUCCAUCUUGCAGUCAAAGAAAACGAUUUUGUCGAGUUCGAAGGCAUACCUUCACAUUUCGUCGUGGAUCGCUUGCUAGCAGCUGGUAUGUGCGUAAAUUCGAAGGACGCCGAUGGCGAUACUGCGUUGCAUGUCAUGGUGAAGAAUGUCCACCCUAGGAUGAGCAUUAUACGGCUACUACUGGAUUAUGGUGCGUACGCUUUGGCACGUGACGCUAACGGUAACACAUGCUUUGAUAUUAUUGCGAACCGCGCCGAGCCACUGCAACCGUUUUUCCAUCCUCUGCGAAUCGGAAAGUACAUCACUCUGAAAGGCCUAGCAGCAAAUGCUGUUCGAAGGAACAAUAUAGCUCAUGAUGGCGUCAUCCCACAAGAUCUGCUGUAUUUCACCGAGUUACAUUAG